AAGGAAAGGCAUAGCUGCCGUGCAUAUACGCAUAUAGUGAGAGAGGGGGAGAGGGAGAGAGAGGGAGAGGGAGAGAAGGGAAAAUGACGAUAUUAUAUGCGUUGGUGGCCCGGGGAUCCGUAGUGCUUGCGGAGCACAGCGCGACGACGACGAACGCGAGCACGAUCGCUAGGCAGGUGCUUGAGAAGAUCCCUGGGAGCAACGACACCAACGUUUCAUACUCUCAGGAUCGCUACAUUUUCCACGUUAAGCGCACCGAUGGCCUCACCGCCCUCUGCAUGGCCGACGACGUCGCCGGCAGAAGACUUCCGUUUGAUUUCCUGGAGGAUAUUCAUCAGAGGUUUGUGAGAACCUAUGGCAGAGCAGUGCUGUCUGCACAAGCUUAUGCCAUGAAUGAUGAAUUCUCAAGGGUCCUUGCCCAGCAAAUGGAAUAUUUCGCCAAUGAUCCAAAUGCAGAUAGAAUAAACCGGCUAAAAGGUGAAAUGAGUCAGGUGCGUAAUGUGAUGGUUCAGAACAUUGAUAAAGUUCUAGAGAGAGGGGAUCGUUUGGAAUUGCUGGUUGAUAAAACUGCCAACAUGCAUGGAAACACCUUGCGCUUCAGGAGGCAGGCCCGACGAUUCAGAAGCACAGUAUGGUGGAGAAAUGUGAGGCUUAUAGUUGCGCUGAUACUCCUCCUGGUGCUUGUAAUCUACGUAAUUUUGGCCUUCACUUGUCACGGGAUUGCACUUCCAUCAUGUUUGAAUUGAGAUUCAGGCAUUAUCCACUGCUUUCUUCUUCUUCUUCUUGUUCAUUUUGUUGCAUAUGGUUUAUUUUUUAGGUCAUAAAAAGAAAAAAGAAAAGGUAGAUUCUUGUUUCCACGAGGGGAUGGAAGGGUGGAAUGAAAGAAAAUACAAUUAGUUUGUAUUGACAGGUUGUAUGUUCUUACUGCACCCUAGUUUCAUAA